AUGACUGUUGAGACUGAUGAUGAUAUAAUCUCAGAUGGAAAUUGUUCUCCUGAUGUAGGUCCUCCUACUGAUAAUCCAUCAGAGGAUAUUGUUUAUAAUGACUCUACUGAAAUGAGUAGUUUUUUACCUGUUGGUGAGCAACAACAACAGGAAAUUGAAGCUGUUAGAAAUCAGCUGUCUGAAAAUGAGCCAAUGCCAUGGCCCGCGGUUGAAAAUGAGCCAAUAAAUGAGUAUCAGAUAUCACAUCUGGCCACAAUGGCUUUCCCAACAUUAUUUCCAGAUGGGAAAGGUGAUCCUACUAAUCAAGCUGAAAUUAUUGAUGGUAAGUGGGUAUACCGUUUUGCUAACCACCCCAGAUUUUCUUAUUGGGCUUUUAACAUGAUUCAAAGAAAACGAAUUUUACAACAAAGUGGAAUAUUCCUCAAACAGAACCCAGGAGAAGCUCAUCUCACAAUUGAUGAACUGCGUGAAAUGGCUGCCAGUAACAAUGCUAGUGUAUUUAUGUCUAAAGUGUCGAGAUAUAUUGGCAAUAUUGCAGGUACUAAUGCUUACUGGAAUAGAGUAAGAGAGGAACUCAAAGCUAUCAUAACUAGUGUUGGAGCACCAACAUUAUUUUUCACUUUCUCCUCUGCAGAUAUGCAUUGGCCUGAGUUACAUGCUUUAUUUAAAACUGAUACUGACAAUGAGUUAGGUAACUCUACUAGUGAUGUAAGACGAUGAAAUGUGAUCAACAAUCCCCAUGUUGUAGAUUGGUUUUUCACCCAAAGAUUAGAAAGCUUUGUAAAACACUGGCUUUAUGAUACACUUGGUGCAAAAUGGCACUGAUUUCGAUAUGAAUACUAAGGUAGAGGUAGUAUCCACUGUCAUGGUACUGCUAAACUAAAUAAUGACCCAGGUUUGUGUCAACUUACUCAGACUGCUUUGAAAAAUUUCUUAGCUCAAAAAUUUAAAGAUGAAAAUGAUUGUUCUGACACAACUGAACUAGACCAAGUUAUUGAAGCUGGGCAGAAAGCAGCUGACACAGUAUGUCAGUAUGUUGAUUGGUUAUUAUCAACCGUCAAUCCUAAUUCACCAGAUGAGGACAUGUGGAUAAGACCUGAGAUUCAUCCAUGUCAAAGAAGUCAUGACAUUCCUGAACAUGAAAAACAAUCAGAUUAUGUAGAUCUAUUAAACAUGGUUCAACGACACGCUCGUUGUAGUACGAGUUAUUGUCUUAGAAAGAAGUCAAAUGAAACAGAGUUGAAAUGUAGAUUUCAUUUCCCUUUUGAUAUUUGUCCUAAGACAAAAUUAGAAUUUGAAAAAAUUCAUACUUCAGGUGAUAAUGAGCAUUAUCGAGCUAAGAUUGUGACUAAACGAAAUGACUCUAGAUUAAAUAACCAUCAACAACUUCAGCUCCAAGGAUGA